AAUUACAGGUUGGAAACCAGAAUAUUUCAAAGGGGAGGUGAAAAGGUUGGAGCAGAGUGACUGCUACAUAAUGAAGUGUCCAGUGAUCGCGUCCAGGCUGGGCCAAGAGAGUGUCCACUGCUGGUCCACAUUCAUUCAGCUAAUGGGCUCAGAGGCCUGGGGUGUCAUCCCAGCCAGAGAUGGAGGUCUUGUUCACAUCCCAAAGCAGAGACUGGAUCUGGUCAAAAGAGGUUCCUACUUGGAGGAAAGCCUGAGCCUAAAAUCCGAGUCCACCUGUUCCUUAACCUUCACAGUGACCGAAAACAGGGACUUUGCGUUGGUCGGCGUCCUGGCGGCUGGGGCACUCCAGGUCCAGCAAUGCCAGGAGGCCCAAGGAGCUCUGGGGACGCAGGCUUUCUAUAGGGUGGUUCUGAGCCUGGGGUUUGCUGAGAUGGCCGCCCCCAUCCUCUGGACGGUGGAGAGCUCCUUCCACUGUGCCAGCAAGGAGGUCCAGCCAUUGACAAAGCCCUUGAUGACCAGCCUGGCUGAAGAGGUGCUGUGUUCCCGCCGCUCGCCUGGAGAGCCCCCGGAAACAUCCUCCAGGAUGGAAGCUGGGGGGCUACCCAGGGAGGGGCGAGGGCACCUGGACCUCUCAUUCCCAGAACCAAGUCAGGACCUGGAGGGGACGCACCCUCCUUCUGGGGAUGGAUGCCACAGCACUGCCCCGGUGGUGAAUACUUUCGAGGUGUGGUGGCGGCAGCCAGGCCCCAGUGGCCAUCUGAGGGCCUCAGGACCGGAGCGCAAGGGGAGCCUGGCCGAGCCUAGAGACCCUUUCACUGCUGGCCAGGGUAGCCCCCGGCAGGAGCCAGCAGAGCCCACAUUGGCAACCAGCCCGGAGAGGCACAGCCCUCCUGAGCUUCAGAACAUCGCGGAGGGGCUUCUGAGAGACCCCCUUGCUGGGUUAGAUGUGUGA